UUUACGAUAUUCGAAAAAAAAUUAAAAUGUCACUGCAUGACGCAUGACUAAUGUCAAAUUUGACAAUGUCAGUAAGAAGUGAAUCUGUGAAUUUUUGUUGAGCAGCUGAUAGAAUAAUAGGGUUAUUUAACUUAAAAUCCUUUCAUUUCUCUAUAAAAAUGAAUAAACACAGAAUAUUUAUACGCAUAUUCGAAUCUUCUAAACCCGUGAGAGUAGUUUCAAGAUCAAUCAAAACAGAACCUAAUGAAGCUACAGCAAAUACAUCAUCAAUCGACUAUUGUGCAGAUAUAGUAAAACAGCAUGAUUAUGAAAACUUCUUGGCUACUCUUUUGAUGACGAAGUCUCUGCGCUCCCCUGCCUUUGUAUUGAGAGCUUUCAACGUAGAAGUAGCUCGGGUGCAAGACUUAACAUCUGAUUCACAAACUGCUGCAUUUCGGUUACAAUUCUGGCAUGAUGCCCUUAAGGGAAUGUUUAACAAAGAACAGACACUGAAAGACGUACCUGCGAAUCCUGUAGCACAAGAGCUGUUUAAGGUAUGUUGCUGUUAUGGAUUGCAACGGAGACAUUUGGAAAAACUAAUCACAUCAAGAAGUAACAUGAACAAGGCUAAAUAUUUUAAAAGUUUAGAGGACAUUGAGAAAUAUUCUGAAGACUCUGUAUCUUCUGUGUAUUACCUUCUCUUAGGUAUAGGAGGAGUUAAAGAUGUCCAUGCUGACCAUGCCGCAUCACAUUUGGGAAAGGCUCAGGGUAUAACCAAUAUACUAAGAUCUGUCCAUGUAUCCAGUCGUCAGAAGAUAGUUUUCUUGCCUAUGGAUAUACUUAUGAAGUAUCAAUUAAGUCAAGAAAAUGUCCUCAGAUGUACUGAUAGUGAACAAAUGAGAAAUGCAGUCUUUGAAAUUGCUUCAAGAGCAAAUAGCCAUUUAGAAAAGGCAAGAAAAAUAAAUGUUCCUGAAACUGCCAGGCAGAUAUUUCUACCUGCUACAGCUGUCCACAACUAUUUAACGAAACUUCAAAAGAGAAACUUUAACAUAUUUGACAGGUCACUCUUCCAAGCUAGUCCUAUCCUACCAUUCAAGCUGUACUAUAACAGAUUACUCAAGAAAUAUUAAGUACAAUUUAGUAAAUGUUCAAUGUAGCAACGUAAUGUAGUUAAUUUAAAACUAUAUACUAAAGAGUAGAUGUUAUACAAAUAAAUGUAGAUCUUUGUUUCCAUAAAUGUCUUUUUUAACCGACUUCACAAAAGGAAGUGAGGUACUCAGUUUAACCUGUAUGUAUGGAUGUUGUUGCGCGAUUAUCUCGCGAUUGGCUGAACAGACUUUGAUAUGGAUAUCAGAGAAAUGUUUGUUACACUUAGGAGGUUUUCGUAUAUAUACACGACACGACAAAUACGACAUUUCCG